AUGUCCAAAUCCGCAACAGCAACAACGACAGCUUCCGAGCCACCCACCACUUCCUCCAUCCCCCUCCACAACCUGUACUCCUCCGAGAACCGUCACACACCCUCCCUCUUCUCGACAACAUCCAACACGACCCUCCCACCUUCAUACUCCUCCACCUACGCACCAUCCAUCGCCUCCACCACACGAGAUCUCCUCCCCUCCAACCAGCCCUUCAAGCCAACCACAAUCCUCCAAAUCCAAUCUGUCGGCAAAGACCUAGUCUCCUGGCCUACUUCGACCAAAGAACUCUGCAUCCCGAUCUUCGCAUGCGAUGCCGAGGGAAAAACAGAGCGCCCCAAAUGGCUGUCAAUCAGGCCAAACAGGGGGAGCGGAAGUUGUUUUCUGGCUGAUGCAGAGGAUGCAGAGAGAAAGCCUAUCGCAAGGACCAAGUACCGUUUCGGUCCUGGAAGGCCGCCUGUUGUGAGGAUUGGUGGAGAUGAGGACGGAGAUGUCGGUGAAUUCAAGGAGGAAGACGAGGACACUACAAUUGACUGCGGACGUGAUGACCGCAAACGGGCAUCAUAUUCGUCGCACGUCGAUGAUCACGGCAAGAAGAGCGACGAGGAAGUUACAACGAACAUUACACCCAUCGGCACCGCCUCCGGCUCUACGACCCCCAGUUCCCGCCUCUCCAUCUCCUCUUCAUCGCCCGUAACUCCACUUCCCAACAUUGCUCCUACCACCACAGGCGCAAUCUCCUUCCCGCUAAACAGUCGUCGCCUCCUCGGCCGAACCAUUGCAUUCUCGUCUCCGCGCCACGGAGACUUCGAAUGGCGAUACUGCAGCCGGAAAGAGAAGUCCACUUUCCUCUCUGUACCCAACACUACCUCCUCUAGCUCCUCUCACCACACCACUGCCACAUCUAAACCCGAUAACCUCCUCGUUCUCGAGAAGAUCUUCAAAGGUGUUGAUGCAAAGGGUAAAGAGAGGGAGAUUGAGAGGGUGAGAGUAGCGCAGUUGAUUAGAAGUGAGGAGACGAGGACGCCGGGGAGUAGAGGGUCGAGUGCGGGGAAUGGAGGGAGGUUGGAGUGUUGUUUAGAGAGGGUUAUGGGCGAGGGUGUUGGGGUGGGAGAUGUAAAGGGGACAGGGGUAGGGGAAGAGGAAAGGGAGGUACUUGUGGAUGAGGUUACGGUUGUGGUUACGUGUAUGGUGAUGUUGAAGAAGGAGAUUGAUCGGUUGAGGGGGGCGCAGAUUGCCGUUAUGAGUGCGGGGGCUAGUGGUGGGCCAUGAGUGAUGAUGAGUUAACGGCCUGGAGGUUUGUUUGCUGAGGGUAUUUUGGGUGUUUCGUAUCUUGUGUUUGGAAUGGGUCUAGGUUGGGGCUUGGUUUGGGUGUACUUGCGGGCGUUUCUCGCUUUUCUGUUGAAAUUUUCCAAUAGAUUUUGAUUAGCCAUGUCUCGGCACCUCACCUUCAUCACCGUGACUGCCGACGCAUUGUCAGUAGCCGUGCUUAUUAUUUCCAUGUCUCAAACAUUCUCGAAAUCGGUAAGGAAACUGGAUGGUUUUUAUGACGGCAAUCAGCAGUGUCCUGUCCUGGGAUAUGUUUCUGUUUCGCCACUUAGUAUUUUCUGUUUCACUUCGUGACGAUAAUUAUUUUUCGAGCUCGGCCUUGUUUACUGAUCUCGCUUAGGACUCAGGCGAGGAACGAGACGGCGAAGAUGACUGUGUCGGGGACUUGGUCGACAGAUCAUACAUCCAUGGUAAGAUCAGCGAUACCUUUGCAAAUGAUCUCUGUGUUCUUUGUGACUUUGUUGGGCGCGUCAUUCGGAGACAAUGUUGGGGAAUGGGACUCCACAAGUUUGAGGACGAUGAAGCGUGCCGGUAUUGG